AUGGGGGAGACUGACAAACCACUUUAUCGACCUGGAGACAAAGUGAAAUUCCGUUUUCUUGCACUUACCAGUCGCAAUAUCUUGCCACAACCUGAAACACUUACAUGGCCGAAAUAUCGGGCCGUUGGUGAAUACUGGGAGAAAAAGCGGCUAGAAAUUAUAGACCCACAUGAACGUCAGAGGCGAAUGAAAGCACCGUUCUUUGAUUUAAUUGAAAUAAAGGACCCACUCGACAAUAUUUUACAACAAUGGAAAGAAAUCAAACCACUAGAAGCUCUUAAUCUGACCUACAUCCUCAUUAGUGACGCCAUGGAAGGUGAAUGGAAGAUAGAGGCUCGUGUAAGAGACGAGAGUGAAGAAAUAAAGUUUCAAGUGAGGCACUAUGUCCAACCACGAUUCCAGGCGCACAUAAAGAUGCCAAAGGUCAUUCACCCUUCAGAUACGGACGUGAUAUUUGGCGUCUGUGCUACCUACACUGAUGGUCAUACCAUGCUCGGCACGUAUGAUGCGCAAAUCUGCGUCUGCAAUCAGAAUAUACUAGAACGUCACCAAACGGCAAAGGAGCUGUUACCGAAGAACCAAUGUAGUGGUUACUACGAUUCAGUCAUGCGUACCUGCAUGCGAUUCAACGGCAUUCUAGACGGUUUUGCUUGCAGUAACAUUACUGCCAACGUCUCAGAAUUGGUUCAGGGUAAACCACCAACCUGGAUGGACAGACUUGGAGUGUUUGUAGAGGUUGUGGAAGAAGCUACAGGUUCCUCUAUUGUUGUUUCUGACAUCACUAACUUCCAAAUGUGGCCCGAACCUAAACUAGAGUUGAAAAUUCCUAGCUCGUUUAGGCAUGGAAUUCCCAUUGCUGGUCAAAUACUAUACAGAAAUGUUGCAAACGUAACUGAAGAGCUGGAACUCAUCGUAAGAGAGGUUAAUGAUCCUUGUGGUGGAUGGGUUGUACGAAUUGAUGACAAUCCGACUCGACUCAAGAGAAUCAUCUCUGUCAAAGCA